AUGGGCAAGGAAAUGCAAAAUCAAAAAGUACUAUUGGAACUCACUGAUUUGCUCGUCCAGAAUGACUAUUCAUGGGGGAAAAUUCAACCAACCGAAGUAGUCAAUACAUUUUCUCUGGUGUCAAAACCAAAUAUUCCACAGAAAACAGAAGAUGCUGAUUAUAAUAAUUGUGAUUGUGGCGACGGAAGGGAAACCGAAUCUACUUAUGAGUAUAUUCCAUUGUUUAUAGCAACUAGAACUGGAAUAUCACAAAUUGUGGAAAAGAUUUUGAAGUGUCAUCCUCAAGCAGUUGAGGCGCACGAUAUCAAGCAUCAACAAAACAUUUUGCACAUGGCCAUUAAGUAUCGUCGGUUGGCCAUCUUUAAGAUUGUAAAGAAGAACAAAUUCAUAACCUCAAGGCUGGCUGACAUGAUCGACAGCGAUGGGAACACCAUAUUGCACCACGCUGCAGAUAUGAGCUAUUACACUGUGGACGCUAACCUGUUUGGUAGGCUGGACUGGACUGGAUAUUUUCAAUUAAAAUGGACAUGA